AUGGCCCGGCAAUCGAACCUCCCGCAGUUGACUUCCUCCAAGCUCUUCGUCACCGAAGGCGGAAUUGAAACGACUCUGCUAUUCAAAAAGAACCUCAAUCUCCCUAGCUUCUCUUCUCUCCCAGUUCUUGAUACGGAAGAAGGCAGGAAAGUCAUCUGUUCCAUCUAUGAACAGUAUAUCAACAUUGCCCACACCUAUUCAACGGGUCUCAUCCUCGAAACACGAACAUGGCGCGGUUCUCCUCGGUGGUCUUCCGAGAUUGGCCUCUCCAUCGAACAGAUCAUUGAUCUGAAUCAUACAGCAGUCAAGAUUCUCCAUGAACUCCGGCAUAAGACCCCAUCCAUCCCCUUCGUUAUCAGUGGGUCCCUUGGACCUCUUCAAGAUGCCAACAAGGAUUCCAUGAUUUCAGUCUCUGAGGCACGGGAGUGGUACGGCCCUCAGAUUCGCGCUUUUGCCGAAGAAGACGUCGAUAUGAUAUGUAUCAUGACAGUAACAAAUCUGGAUGAGGCCAUUGCAGCCGUUAGUCUAGCCCGUGAGCAUAAUCUCCCAAUUCAUGUCUCGUUUAGUCUCGAGACAGACGGGCGGUUACGAGGGGGCAAAACCCUCGAGGAUGCGAUUCGAGAAGUUGACCAUCUAACGGAGGGUUAUGUAACAUAUUUUGGGGUGAACUGCGCACACCCACGUUAUAUCUUGAUAGCACUCCAGGGUAUGUCGCAGGACGUGAUGUCGAGGAUUGGGUCGAUUAGAGCAAAUUCAAGUCUGAAAAGUCAUGAAGAACUUGAUAACUCUCCGACGCUCGAUCGGGGCGAUAUUCCGGUGUGGACUGAAGAGUUUAAUGAGAUUUUGAAGAUAUUGCCGGGACUCAAAGUGGUAGGGGGUUGCUGUGGCACGGAUGAUGAGCAUAUUGAUGCUAUUGCUGGAAGGAUUGAUUCUGUGUGA